CCUCCCAGACUGGUCUCAAACGUCUGGCCUUAGGUGAUCCACCCACCUCAGCUUCCCAAAGUGCUACGAUUACAGCUGUGAACCACCACACUCAGCCAUUUAUGUUUCUUCUUAAUAACCAAUAAUCACUUUUUACGAUUGCUUUAUGUCUGUGGUACCACAGUCUUUCUGUUGCUAUAGAACUUACCUUCUGUCUCAGCAGACUCAAAUUGUCAUUUGAAAGAAUACCACAAUUUCAGAACUUGAUGUAAUGAGAGACAGCAACUGGUGUCUGUAAAAUAUUGUAUGAUUCAGAAAUAAAAAUAUAUAAGGCAGAAUUUUACUUGUUAUUUAAGAAGGAAACCAGCAGUUGGCAAUUUAUUUCAAGUCACUAUGUGAUAUUGGGAAGCAGGAAGAUCUGUGUUGGGUAAAUAUAAGAAACUUUUGUUCUAUGUGGCUCUUUGCAUUAAGCUCACCUGGUGCGUAGCACACAAUUUAUUUUUUUACAAAUGUAAUUUGGUCUGUAUGUCUCUAUUACCUUUAUAUGUCUUUGAAAAAAUUUGAGCCUGUAAAAGUUUGCUAUGCCACCUUGUUAUGUAGUUUGUAUAAUUUUAUAGGUAAGACUUGUGUAUUAAUCUGAGUAGAGUAAGCAGAGCAAUUUUUUUUUCUUUCAGUUGCAUGUUCUUAUUUUGCCCAAGAUCUUUGGCCAAAGCAGGGCAUAAAUAAUCAUUUCCAAAAAGUGAUACUGAGAAGAUAUAAAAAAUGUGGACGUGAAAAUUGGCUGUUAAGAAAAUGUUGUCAAAGCACGGAUGAGUGUAAGGUGCACAAAGAAUGUUCCAAUGGACUUAAUCAGGUUUUGACAACUACGCAGAGCAAAAGAUUUCAGCGCAACAAAUCUGCGAAAGUCAUUCAUAAAUAUUCAAAUUCAAACAGAUAUAAGAUAAGACAAAGUGAAAAGGAACCUUUGAAAUGUAAGGAAUAUAAAAUGUCAUUUUGCACACUUUCACACUUAGCUGAACAUAAAAGAAUUUAUACCAGAGAACGACCCUACAAAUUUAAAGAAUGUGGUAAAGCCUAUAACGAGGCCUCAAACAUUUUUACGUAUAAAAAAAUUCAUACUGGAGAGAAACCCUACAAAUAUGAAGAAUGUGGACAAACUUUUAACCAGUUCUUACACCUUACUACACGUAAGAGAAUUCAUACUGGAGAGAAACCCCACAAAUGUGAGGAAUGUGGCAAAGCUUUUAAGUACUUCUCAGACCUUACUAGACAUAAGAUCAUUCAUACUGAAGAGAAACCCUACAAAUGUGAGGAAUGUGGCAAAGCUUUUAACAACUCCUCAACCCUUACUGGACAUAAGAUCAUUCAUACUGGAGAGAAACCCUACAAAUGUGAGGAAUGUGGUAAAGCUUUUAACCAUUCCUCAAGCCUUGCUAGACAUAAGAGAAUUCAUACUGGAGAGAAACCUUACAAAUGUGAGGAAUGUGGCAAAGCUUUUAACCACUCUUCAAUCCUUUCUAGACAUAAGUUAAUUCAUACUGAAGAGAAACCCUACAAAUGUGAGGAGUGUGGCAAAACUUUUAGCCGGUACUCACAGCUUAGAAGUCAUAACAUAACUUCUUCUGGAGAGAAACACUACAAAUGUGAAGAAUGUGGUAAAUCUUUUAGGUGCUCCACAACCUUUAGUAAACAUAAGAAUAUUCAUACUGGAGAGAAAUCCUACAAAUGUGAA